GCGGGGGGCGGGCCUUGCGUCGCCGCGGGGCAGAGCUACGGGUACCGGGUGGAGCUAGGGGCCGGGAUGUGUCUCAUCCUGGGGCCCACGGGCGUCGGGAAGACGCUGUUGGUGAAACGACUGCAAGAGCUGAGCUCCCGGGAUGGGAAGGGACACCUGGGCGAUCCUCCCCCGACGCGGCCCACGGUGGGCACUAACCUUACUGACAUCGUGGUCCAGAGAAAGAUCACCAUCCGGGAGCUAGGGGGUUGCAUGGGCCCCAUCUGGUCCAGUUACUAUGGAAACUGCCAUUCUCUCCUGUUCAUGAUGGAUGCCUCUAACCCCACCCAGCUGUCUGCAUCCUGUGUGCAACUCUUGGGUCUUCUAUCUGCAGAACAACUUGCAGAAGCAUCGGUUCUGAUACUCUUCAAUAAAAUUGACCUGCCCUGUUAUAUGACCGUAGAGGAGAUGCAGUCAUUAAUCAGGCUCCCGGACAUCAUUGCUUGCGCCAAGCAGAACAUCACCACAGCAGAAAUCAGUGCCUUGAGAGGCACUGGCUUGUCAGAGGUGUUUAGACUCCAAGCACCACAGACCUCUUUCUACUGUGGUACAAGCUGUAGCCUGUGGCGGUCUGAUACACUGAUGGUGUGACCCCUGCUGGAUGAAGCCAGUGUCACAGGAAGAACCAAGCCUAGAAUCAGAAACCAGAGAAGCAUUUCAUUGGUGCAUUUGUUACGUGAACACUCAUUGCCCCGAGAAGCCAGGAGGAUGUGGGGUUCCUGCAGGUAGGCGAGGGCUGGGAGAGGCUCCAGUGGAGCAUGGGAGGUGCUGCCGGCGAGCUCAUCACCAGGCCCUCAGGGCCAAGGCUCCCAUGUCCCGCUCGUGUCCUUUCACAGCUGGGGGAGCUUUCUGGAGAACACGUAUCGAUUGGUAUAUUUGUGUCCUAAGGCCUCUGUAACAAAUUACUACCAACUGGUGGCUUAAAGCAAUGGAAACUUAUGCUCACAGCUCUGGAGGCCAGAAGUCCAAAAUCAAGGUGUCCACAGCCUCCUUGUGGAGGCCCUGAGGGAGAAUGGAUUCUAGCUGCUGGUAGUUUUUGGCGUUCCUUGGCUUGCAGCUUGCAGACCUUGAAUCUCUGCCUCUGUCUUUGUGUGGCUGCCCAUUUUUUUCUUAUGGGGACACCUAUGAUUGGAUUUAGGGCGCUUCUUAAGAGUAAACUGGUGUGUCCUCCAGAGUAGAGGUGGCUCACCCUAACAGUGGCGGGGAUGCCCCCGACCCCUGUCUUUGGGGUCCUCCGCUGCUCUUGGGGGUCUGUUCUGGGUCCAAGCACCCUGUGUGUUGGAGCACUACACUCUCCCAUGGCCUAGCCACCCCACCCCCGGGAGCUAAAUUCAGUUCCUGAAUCUGGGAACUGACACUGCUGAGGGUGCCACUCUUCUCAAAGGACGUCUCUGCCUGUGGAUUCUUGUCAGCAUGCUUUCAUAGCAUCUGGAUAAGAACUUUCUUUAAGGGUUUGGGUUUCCCAUCAAAUCCAACACUAGGAUAACAAAGGAUAGCAUUAUGCAGCAGUGUAAUGAAAAGUAUGACGUUGUACAUAUGUUUAAAUGUGACUAGUCUGAAAAAACACUUGGCUCUGAGAGAAUCCACACGCAGGGUGUUGCGAGGCCUGUGUGUACAAGUAAGAUGGCCAGUCUGGGAUCACUGGUUUUGCCCCCACCCCCCCAAUUUUGUGCAGAUUGUUUUCCCUUUGUACAGAGAGAAACCAGCUCAGCCCUGUGGGAGGUUGGAACACACAGGAAGCUCCAUCUUUGGUCUUCAUCUCUUAAACAUCCACUUUGAGCUGAUGUACAUCCACAUCUCCUAAAGAUCCUAGGAACGAAGGGUAGGUGAGAGGUGGAAGGAUGCUGAGACGGGAGCUCCCCGAAUCGGAGCCUGGGCAGAACCCCCUCAACUGUGCUUUUUCAGUGUGAAUAAGGUGACCAGUCUGGGAUGGCUGGUUUUGCUCCCCCCGCCCCCUAUUUUGUGCAGAGUGUUUGUGUGACUGCGCAUCCCGGGCUAGGAAGGAACAGAAGCUCAGGCUUUGCUCUAUGUAGCUGUGGCCCAGCCAGAGCCCCGUCUGCCUCAGCAGCUCCCUCCGUCCCUGGAUGCUGUCGCUUCGCCCAGUUUCCGGGGGCAUGAGGGGAACCUCCUGAGAAUGCAGAUGCCAGGGAGGGAGGAGGGGUGACCAGGAUCUAAACAAAGAAGGGGCAGCAGAGAAGCAGCUCCCACGAGGCAGGGUGGUGAAGGAGGGUUGACUGGAGGAGCUCCAUUCCCACACUGGCAGAAUGUGGAUGCAGUUACCUCUCUCCAGUGGGAGGGAAAGCAGCACAGCCUGCAGUGUGGGCUUAGUGGGCAGGCCAGCAGUGGGGCACAGGAGAGGCCAUCAUGGGCCAGCUGCUUUGUCAGUAUGAGUGGAGCCAUCUGUCCUCAGAGCCCGGCACUGGGCACUUGCGGGGAGGAUGUGGAAGGGCCAGGCUGCCCUUAUCCUCCGGGUUCGCUCCUCCCGGUGACACGGAGCAAAGCAGAGGCCUGGUCUAAAAUGCUGCGGCAGAGCAUAGUCAAAGGCUGACAGUGCUAGGGUGCAGAGGGAAGCCCGUGCCUGCCACUGGGGACAGGUGGCUGGUCACCAGGGCAAAAGGAGAGGGCCCAGGAGGAGGACCGAAAGUAUGGGGUGUGAUGGUGUGACUGUGGGGCUGUCUACAUCUGAGUGGGUGCAUGUGUACACAGAUGUGCAUGUGUAUGUGUCCAGAUGAUGGGGGUUUGUGCACGAGUGUACGUAGGUGAGUGUGCAUGUGUGAUUCUGUCUGGAAUGUGUGUGCAUGUGUAUGUCUGAGUGUACUUGGAGUGUAUGUGUGGCAGAUGUACUACGUGUGAUAAGAUGGUGCAUGUAUAUGAGUGUUGAGUGUGAGCACAUGUGUGUGUUUGGAUAUGGUAUGUGCAUGUGUGGGUGUAUCUGAGGUAUGCAUGUAUGUGUGUGUGUGUUUAGGGGUGGUGUGUGGCACAGGGGUACCAGGAAAGCCAAGGCACGUCCUCCUAACAACUAAGCAUCCGGCGUCAGCUGACUGCAGAGACAACAUUCCCUGUUAACUGGGCGGCCAUAUGCUGUCUGCUUACCCAGCCCUGGCCCCUCCCCCACAGUCCCUGCUGAAAGUUUUUCCCUGUUUGAUUUUGCGUAUUCCCAUCCAGGAGCAAGGUACACCUCUCCUUUUAGACCAGGGUUGCUCAGCAUCAGCACUGCUGACAGUGUGGGCUGGAUCAUUCUGUUGUGGGACCGUCCUGUGUACCGUAGGAUAUUUAGCAGCAUCCCCGGCCUCCAUGCACUAGAUGCCGGAGCACCCAAAACGUCUCCAGACUGCCCCCUGGCAACAAGACUGCCUGUUAAGAACCUCUGUGUUCUGUAAAUCUUUCCUGUUCCCUGCUAGUUUGUAGUUUCCUUCAUCCACGUUAACAUUUCUUGACAAAUUUACUUCUAUAUUAAAAAUUGUCACUAUUCUGAAUGAAACCCACAAUUCA